AAGUGUUCAAUGAGCAAGAGAGGAGAGACCUCCAAGCCUACAUCUGCGUCCUGCACCAGUUUUCUUUCUUUUCUUUCUUUCUCUUUAUUACAACUUUGUGUGGAUGACAUCAUUGCAAGAGGAGUGCGCGUGGUCUGGAAGGCAUCCUGGCUCUGUGAGAUGCUUUACAUGUAAGAACAUGAACAUGCCUCCAGCAGACUUUCUGCUCGCAUGUCGACUGAAGCAGUGAGAUUUCUCUGCAUUUGGAAAUGAACCCCACUUCUGACGUCAUGCCGUCCGCCAAGGUGAACAUGAGCAAGGUGAUCCGCGAGGGCUGCGAGCCAAACCCGCUGGAGCGACUUCCGCCUCCCGCGAGCUCUAACAAACCCCUCACGCCUUUCAGCAUCGCGGACAUUCUCGGUAAACCGAGCGGACGCCCAAGCGCUCACCUGAGUUCACCUGUGCGCGUGAAGCACCGCGUCACGUCGCCCGGGAGCCAGACGUCACCACUGUGCGCCCUGCAGGAGCUGACUAGUAAAACCUUCAGAGGUCUGGAGCUGGGUGUGCUCCAAGCAGCAGAGGGCAGAGAUGGACUCAGUGUCUUUGGCCAAAGAAGCAACCCAAAAAAGCGUAGAAAGUCCAGGACUGCGUUCACACACCACCAGAUCUACGAGCUGGAGAAACGGUUUCUGCGUCAGAAGUAUUUAUCCCCCGUGGACCGGGACCAGGUCGCGCAGCAGCUGGCGUUAACCAACGCGCAGGUCAUCACCUGGUUCCAGAACCGCCGCGCCAAACUCAAGCGGGACAUGGAGGAGCUGAAAGCGGACGUGGAGUCGGCCAGAGCAGUGGGAGCCGUGCCUUUAGAGGAAACAGCCGCACUGGCUGAGCUGGAGGGAAGUGCUACAGAAAGCAGGGGACACAUGGGGACACAGUGGUCCUCUCAGAUCACACACGAGCUGCAGAACGCGCACAAAUUACGCAUGUUGCGCGCCACGUCGUCCUCCUUUUCAGACCACACAAGUCUCACUGCCUCUGAAGACGAGGACAUGGAAAUAGACGUGGAUGACUGAUUGCUCACUGGGUGGAGCAAGAAAAGAAAUGAACAGACUCCCUCAAUUCUGCUUUUUUUAAUUCAUAUUCCUGCUCUGUUUAUAAUAGUAUCAUGGAUUCAGCUACUCUCGCAUUUCAUCAUGCCGUGUACAUGCACAUGUUUCACUCCCAAGUUUCUGGGGUUGAUUUACAGUCUUUAUGGGAUUCUGAUGAAACACAACAAAUGACUGAACUCAAAUAGGAGUAUUUAUAACAGCUGGGUUUAUCCUGUUGGUACAGUGAGAGUUGGAGAAUAUUGUUGGAUGAAAACCUAUUACCUCUACAAGUGCCUUAAAUCUAGGCAUUUUUUUUAUUUUAUAGACCAGUUCCGUUUUAAUGUG